GGCGAUCACGCGAAGUAUUUCCGGAGAAGAUGGGACUUACCGAGAAGCUUGAAAUCGACGUUCUGUCAACGGACAAGAUCUCGAAGAAGAUUUUCAACGAGAAGUUCGGAGCUGAACCGCCGAGUACAGAGCUCAUCCGGAUUGAGAGCGACACCUUGGGAAUAUCGGGGUGGUACAAGUAUCGGUGCUCUUUCGAUUUACCCCCAAGCCUCGACAAGUUCCUGUACGUUGUUGACCGCUUCUGCCAUUUGUUUGAAGGCGACGCGCGCAUAGACGCCGAUCCUCUGAUAGAAGAUAUCGAGGACGAGGUCGAAAGUGAGCACAAGUUCGCGAAAGUCCAUCAUUUUGCUCUGGGGGCUUGGAUGGGUCUGAGCCGCUUCAUCGAAAGAUUCUCAAGUCAACGAAAUGACAGCGUAUGCAGGUCAAUCAGUCGCAUCCAGGCCAGUUUCUUCUAUGAUAGACGUUUCAUGGAGAUUUACUUCGAAGACCACAUGGCAGGUCACAAGAGGCACGAUGUUUACAAACUGAAGAUCGCAUACGAAGACAUCACGCAAAUCGUUAUAAAGAAGGAGCUAAGGAAUCGCGACGCCUUCCACGGGAUCAGCAACAAGAAAGAACCCAAGAGCUUAUUCUUGCACGUCAAGAAAAUCGCAGCCUACAGGUGGAGCGACCAAGAGAAAGAGGCCUAUGAGUACUUUUUCGACGGUGAAUGGGAAAGAACGCCGAAUUUCGGCGCGCUGAAAGGUCCAACUUACUGCGGAUGUGUGGGAACUGCCACUGUUGUCAAAUUCAAACUGGAUCCGGAAUCCACGAGAGGAGAGAAUCGCAUGGACGCCAUUUAUGGUCUUCUCGGAGCAGCGAACGCGCCCGUGUAUUUCGCGAAUGUUCUGACGGUCGGUAUGCCGAAAAAUGUCCAACCUCUCGCCUGUGACAAGGCUCCGCAGGAGAUACGAUGGGCUCUGUCCUGCAUACACAGUCUCUCGCCUGAGAUUUCUCUGAAGAUGGCUCUGGAGGGGAAUAGCAAAGAGAUUCAGGAAAUCCUCGUCACUUGUGCGAAAGAAGACAGCUCUUCUCUCGCGAGUGCCCUAUACAAUAUCUACUUUAAUCUUCAUAACUAUUCAUUGAUUGAUAUUGAGCUGGCGAUCAAGGAUUCCUUCUCGAGCGCAAGAAAAGGCAAAAGUUCAGGGACCAGCAUCAUCAAUCAAAAGUUGCCCCAGGACCUUUAUCUCGUGAAGAGAGCCAUCGUUUGUCCCAGUAAGACCAUUGUGAAACCGCCAACGGUUGUGAGGGUCAGCGCUCUACUGCGUAGUGUCGACCCGGAGAAAGUUAUGUGUCCAUCGCAGAGAAAAUCAAGAGGGGCAUCAAAAUCGACGGGGAAAACUUACUAUUUCCUCGGCAACUCCAAAAGUCAAGCGGAAGACUUUAGUUUCUGGGCGUACGCGAUUGAGAAGGGGGAUACGGACACCAUAUCUUCGGUGAGGGAGCGACUCGGCAUCACGGGGAAUCUCGCAAGGAGAAUAGCUGUUCAAGAUCUCGUUUUCGCCGAAGCUCUGGGGGCUGUCUCCAUCGAUCCUUCGUGGGUCAGCGAAGAAAGUGAAGACGUCCCAGCUGCGUCAGACUUCAAGCAUGGCAUUGGCCGCAUAUCGGAGGCGGCUCUUCGCACGGUCGUCGAAAACUGUCAUUGGAGCAGAACUCUUUGUUCGGCUAUUCGCGUGGUUCACGGGGGUCGAAGAGGCACCCUCGUCUACGACCCUUCUCUCGAGGGUUCGAGAAUAAUUUACAGGAAAUCCCAGACAGUCAUCAAAAGCGAAGAUUCUACGCUCUAUCUGAUCGAGAGGAGUGAGAUAAAGAAUGCCGCCUUCGACAGAACCUUCAUUUCCACGCUGAGCAGCAAGGCCGACGGACUCACAGAGGAGUUCUCUGUCGAGGAUUUCUUGACUCCCUUGUAUGAGCUGCUGACGGAGCCACUAUCUUUGUAUUCGACGGGAGCUCGAGUGAAGCGAGUCGCCGCGGAGCCGGUCCUGGAUCACAUUUUCAGGGAAGGAGAGGAUUUGUACGGAUACGACAAACGCGGCGAUGGUUUGUUCCGCCAAGCAGUUCGCUGCAAAGCGCUGAAGGCUCUCCGAGACCUGAAGAAGCUCAAGCAGCAUAUGACGAAUGCGUAUGAGAUAAUGCCCGUCGUGGAUGAGCUCGAACUCUUAGAGGAAGGCGAAGUAUUCAUUCAAGUUUGCUCACCUGGAGGUGAUCUCCGUGUUCUCAGCGGGGACCUUGUCUUGGCUCGGAAGGAUGCCAUGCACCUCGAGGAAUUCCGGCGGGUCACCGCAGUCAAUCGCCCAGACGUUGUCGGGGCGCUUGGACACUUAUUCAAUUGUGUCGUUUUGCCGUCCAAAGGUGGCUCGAGACCGCUGGAAUUCUUGGCGAGAGAGGCGAGUUAUGCGGGGGAAUCAGACAUCAUCCUGAUCGCCAGCCAUCCUGAUGAGGAGCCCGCGUUCCUCUUCAAGAGAAACGAUCCACCGCGCUCCACGUCAAUCGCCGUGGGACCUGCAGUAGAUUCCGGCUGUGAUAUAGAGACGCACUUUUUUAACUAUUUGUCCUACGUGAGCUUCAAUGAUUUCGAAGAAGUUUUCUGCGCUCUGGCCGACUACCUUCCGCAACAUGCGUCUUCCGAAAGCUGCAUCCGAGCAGGAGCCCAACAGCGCCUCCUGGACAAGUAUCGGCGCGGAGGAAGAGAGGGCGCGCCUCUCCCGAAAGUUGUCAAGUUCCCUCAUUUCUUGGAGAAAAUCAGCGAUGGGAAAACUUAUUGCUCAACUCGUCCUCUGGCUCACAUCUACCAGAAGGGCAGGGCUAUCGACACCAAAUACUUCGAAGAAACACUAAUGAUGACUGACGACGUAACCUUCCAGCCCGAGUUACAAGUCGAGGGCUCCCAAGUUUUUGCUGAAGUCGCGGAACGGGAUAUGCGUUCAUUCAAGAGGGAGCUCGGGGGCAUCGCUGCCUUGCAUGAAAUCUCAGUCGACGAAGUUCUCACCGGAACGAUCUUUUCGAAUCGAGGUCAAUACUCCUCAAGUGAACGUAGGAGUAAUAUCGAGGCUACAGUGAAGCUCCAAGUGAAGCACUUGGCAUUGAUCUGUAGACGGAGGUUCAAGAAAGGCGUGGAGAAAGCUUCGGAGGUCGAAGUCCUGCAGAAAAUAUCUGCUUAUUAUGUUGCGUCACGAGAAUUCCCGGACGGUGGGGGCUACGCCUUCCCGUGGAUGCUGCCAGACUUGAUGCGAAACUUGAUCGAGCGCUUGGAGCCGAAGCGGCCACUAGUUCCGGAUUCUGAGCUUUUGGAAAAGCUCCGCGCAUCGCUAGCUGAUUGCGGAGAUGUGAAGCUUGCAACGCAUGCGAAUAUUGGGAAAAUUUUAACAAAAUGGUAUCGUGUGAAUCGAAAUGUCUUCCCCUUUUCACCCGGCGACUCAGAGUACUUCAGCGAGAAGUUUCGUGACUUUGUGCGGCAAGCUCACGGGAAAGCUAUCGAAGUUUUCGCAGGCUCUGAGGAGGAAGAGAAUUGUUCUUCCCGAGUCAUGAGCAAUCCCCAAGAUCUACUGGCGGAAACAUUUCGGCAAUUUUUCCUUCUGUCCGUCGAGGAACCUAUAGUGAAGUUCGGAAGAGACCAAUUAUUCAUGAUGGCCCUGCAAAGUCUGCAGUUGAAUACCCUGGCCCGUAUCACAGCCACCUGCUCACUCCGGACCUUGUUGGAUCCGAAGAAGAUAAUCAGGAAUACGAUCGAAAGCAAACGUAUACUGCUACCCUUGGACAUCAAAGACACCAAAUACAUACGAGCGACCGAGAGCGAUCUAAGGAAAUGUGAAGCGGAGCUGUGUGAUUUCACCGGUUGCUGCCGAGCGAAAAUACGUUUGGUGCCCAGACUCGAGACUUCGGAAUGUGAUUACGAGGAAAUUAUAGCCACUGGGACUUGGUUCGCUCUGGCGAAUCUUGAAAACGUCGUUUUACAGCCAGAGUUCCGAUCGGUGCGUCUCAGCAUCCGGCGGAAUGAAGAAAGGUUGCGCCUCCGCGAUCUGCAAGCAAAUGACAACUGACGAAUAAAGUAUCAUUCGUCGAGAAUUUUGAAA